AUGUCAAAUACAGGCAGAGGCCUCGUCGCACCGCGAGAUUCACUUGAGCUAGCCUCUCUCGCGUCCUCAUCGCCCGCCUCCGUCGGCGGUUCCUCACGCUCCUCCUCCCCAGGCGGCGUCUCCUCAUCCCGCAAACUCUCCCUCGAAGACGAAGAUCCGCUCGCCGAGUCGCAUCUGGAUGCUGAACUAGAAAGCGGCCACAGAGGUCUCCGGUCGUACUCUGUUUCUUCAGCUUUUGAUUUCGGACGCACUCUCUUCCCAUUAUCGCAAACACAGGGUGGCUACGCACCCUUAGGCACCCCAUCUGAUAGACCAGCCGAUGGAUCAUUGGAACGCAAUAAAACAUUGACAUACCUGAAUGGCUUGUCGCUGAUUGUUGGGCUGAUUAUUGGAUCUGGCAUCUUCUCGUCGCCUAGCCAGGUUAAUGCCAACGCGGGGUCGCCGGGCGCCUCACUCAUUGUCUGGGCUGUGGCUGGUCUGUUGGCCUGGACGGGAGCUGCGAGUUAUGCAGAGCUCGGAGGUGCUAUUCCUUUGAAUGGUGGAUCGCAGAUUUAUUUGGCUAAGAUUUUCGGGGAAUUGUCUGGCUUCCUGUUUACGUGGUGUGCUGUACUAGUGCUGAAGCCUGGGUCUGCGGCCAUCAUCUCAAUUAUCUUCGGUGAAUAUAUCGUGCGAGCAUUUGUUGGAGCUGAUGUCGGCGAUGUCAGCCCGUGGAUCAACAAAGGCGUUGCCUUUGGAGGGCUUUUGACAGUGACGCUGCUCAAUUGCAUAUCUACCAAAUUCGCUACUCGCAUUGGUGAUCUCUUCAUGUUCUUCAAAUUUGUCGCUCUUCUGGGUGUGACUGUCAUUGGAGUCAUUGUCGCCGUGACGGGUCUUUCAUCUGCUGGCGACGCAAAUGAAGAAUGGAAAACGCAUGGGUGGUUCGAGGGCACCAACACCGAGAUCUCGGAUUUUGCUGUGGCCCUAUAUGCAGGUCUCUGGGCAUUCGACGGCUGGGAUAACACCAACUACGUGACUGGCGAAUUCAAGAACCCGAAUCGCGAUCUGCCUCGGGUAAUCCACACAGCUAUGCCACUAGUCAUUUUGUCCUACUUGCUCGCCAACGUCUCCUACUUCUUGGUUCUGCCUCACUCCACCAUCGAAGCAAGCAAUACUGUUGCCGUCCAAUUUGGCGCAAAGGUGUUCGGCUCCGCCGGAGCCUUGAUCCUCGCUCUAGUCGUGGGAGCCAGCUGCUUCGGAGCCCUGAACGCAACAACUUUUACGAGUGGCCGUCUAGUCUACGCUGCCGGCAAAGAAGGCUACCUCCCCUCGCUCUUCGGACGCAUCGGUCUCUCUGCUCCAACAGGACCACCGGCAAGCAGCCGGCUGCGCCGACGGUCGUGGGCACGCAAAUCUCUCUCUCGCAUCUUCGGCGAUGAAUCUAAACUCGGCUUCACGCCAAUCUACGCCAUGGCCUUCAACGGGGUCUUGACAACCAUCUACAUCGUUGUCGGCGAGUUUGGGACUUUGGUCACUUUCUACGGCGUUGCCGGAUAUACCUUCUACUUCUUGACCGUACUAGGCUUGAUCGUCCUGCGCAUCCGCGAACCACAGCUUGAACGCCCCUACCGCACGUGGAUCACCACCCCGAUUAUCUUCUGCUGCGUCAGUCUCUUUUUGCUCAGUCGGGCUGUCAUCUCUGAGCCCUUGCAGACGCUCAUCGUUGUCGCUUUCAUCAUUACCGGUGUGCCGGUUUAUUACUGGCGGAUCUACCAGCGGGAUGGUCGUAUCGAACUUCCCAGUUGGAAGUUCUGGAAGCGGUCCCGAUGA